AUGGGAAGCAGUGGACAGCUGUACAGUCUUUCGUGGGGAGAAUUCGGGAAUUCCUUGACGAGUGCUGUGCAAUUACUGAGAGGACAUGGUGAUCUCGUUGACGUGACACUGGCUGCUGGAGGUAGAAGCUUUCCAGCUCACAAGAUAGUACUGUCAGCAGCCAGUCCCUUUCUCCUGGAUCUCCUCAAGAGUACACCCUGUCAACAUCCAGUUGUCAUGCUCGCAGGCAUUAGUUCAGACGACCUCGAGUCACUCCUGGAAUUUGUUUAUCGUGGAGAAGUGAGUGUGGAGCCCUCGCAAUUACCUUCGUUGUUACAAGCUGCUCAUUGUUUGAGCAUUCAUGGAUUAACACCGCCUACUGUUUUGACUGAGAAUGGAGAGGAAGUGCCAGCAUCAGCGAUUCCAGAGGCAGCAGAGCCUAUAACCCGAGAAGCAAUGAACUCCUCGAUUCCCAAUCCACGUCGUCGAAAGAGAAGAAAAUCGUCGUCGUCGUGCAGUAAAUGGCCACGUCUGGACAAUACAACGGACUCCGAGGAGCGACAGGAGGACAACAGAACCCCAGACUACGAUCAGAAAACCGAGGAGGCCACCCCUGGAGACGAAGUUCAGCCCUGCAUGGUAACAAUGUGUUUGUGUCUGUUAGCAGGAACUGGGGAUGGAAAUCAGCAAACGACUCCAGUUGAACUGGAGGAGAGACACCAGGAGGCUUCAGAGACGAAACAACAUCUCCAGAGUUUAUUACAAGGGAUGCAGUACUCUCCUCUGUUUGCCGGUGGUAUUGUACCACCUGGAGUUAUUCCUACAAUUCAUGCCUCAACGUCAGCGGCUGGGGGCACCUCCUCCAAGAUCAGGGGGGCCUCUGACUGUCCUGGACAAUGUGGCCUCUGUGGAGCGACACUCAGACAGGCGAGGAAUCUCAGGAGACAUCUCCUUACCUCCUGCAAGUAUCGAUUCAACAGCCAUCCUUCUACGCAACAUCUUCAGGAUCAGAUGGUCGUCGAGAUAAAACCGGAUAUCGAUCUUUCUGGAUACAUUGGGCCCACGUAUAUGACUGACAGUGGAGGGAGCAAUAGCUGUGAGAAUAUCGUAUUCAGGACAUCUCCAAUGCCUUCACCCAGUGCCAGGGCAACCGAAGUCGUCAGCAACCACCAGAAUGGACCUUCACCCACUAUCGCGAGAUGA